AUUUUGAACUUUCACCCGGUAUCUACUCCUUCCUCUUCCGUCUACAGUGAUAGCAAGGUCAAGAUGGUGCAGCGCCUGACUUACCGACGUAGGCUUUCCUACAACACUGCUUCAAACAAGACCAGACUGUCCCGUACGCCAGGUAACCGCAUUGUGUACCUGUAUACCAAGAAGACUGGCAAGGCACCCAAGUCAGCAUGCGGAAUCUGUCCCGGUAGACUGCGUGGUAUCCGUGCUGUGAGACCCCAGGUUCUUAUGAGACUCUCAAAAACCAAGAAGCAUGUCAGCCGAGCUUAUGGUGGUUCCAUGUGUGCCAAGUGUGUACGAGACAGGAUCAAACGAGCUUUCCUCAUUGAGGAGCAGAAGAUUGUGGUCAAAGUACUGAAGGCACAGGCACAAAGCCAGAAGUCGAAGUAAAAUUUGAUGUGUACUGUUCAAUAAAAGAAUUGGAAAGCA